GUCGAAUUAAAUGGAAAUUAUAAAAAUAUUUAAUCAAAAACCGCUCCCAAUUUUUUCUUUAAUUUUUUUCUACGUAAUAUAAAACAUUUUUGAGUCUGACUUGGGCCUUACACAUAUCAUGUUUGCCUACACUUUCUAACGCAACUUAUGUUCAAAUGCCUUUGAAAUGGAGAACAAUAAAAUAAAGUAAUAUUGAAUGGAAAAUGCCGGAAAUGAAUUAGAUACUUCUUUACAUCAAAUUCAAGUGCAUUCUGUGUCGCAUCAAAAUGAAGGACAAAUUUGUUUGAAAAUCGAUAAUUGUCACAUCUUUAUACAAUUAUUUCUUUACAUGGGGAUGGCAACAUUGGUGCUUCGACUUCCGUCGUCUUCAACUGCUUCACCUGCUCCGCUUUGUCUCUUCUUGACAUCGUUAGCUGUUGCAAGUGAUUGUGCGUUGUUGUAUUUCGUCGCAGGCGAUAGCGGGACGUUGCCUAGAAAGUGUCAUUUCCAUUGUUGAAUUCUGUGGAGAGAAGAAUUAUGCAGAUCUUUGUGAAAACGUUGACUGGAAAAACAAUCACAUUGGAAGUGGAAGCUUCUGAUACUAUAGAAAAUGUGAAGGCCAAAAUUCAAGAUAAGGAAGGAAUUCCUCCAGAUCAACAAAGACUUAUCUUCGCUGGAAAGCAACUGGAGGAUGGCCGGACAUUAUCAGAUUACAAUAUACAAAAAGAGUCCACACUUCAUCUCGUGCUGAGGCUGCGUGGAGGCAUGCAAAUCUUCGUUAAGACACUGACUGGUAAAACAAUUACCCUGGAAGUUGAAGCAUCAGACACCAUUGAAAAUGUGAAAGCUAAAAUCCAAGACAAAGAAGGCAUUCCCCCUGACCAACAGCGUCUGAUCUUUGCUGGCAAACAACUAGAAGAUGGUCGCACUUUGUCAGACUAUAAUAUCCAGAAAGAAUCUACUCUUCACCUCGUUUUGCGUCUACGUGGUGGAAGUUUGUUCUGAAGUAAUAUUUGUAGUAAGGAAUUGCAUGUUACAAACAUGUUUGUGCAUUUUUGUUAAACUGUAACCAUUUUAUCGUGUAAUAAAGUUUCUCUUCUGGUCUAUUUGACUUUCACAACCAUUCUUUCAACCAGUUUAAAUUUUGUUGGGAAUUUGUUGUGUGUAAAUCUGUGGUCUUUAUUUUCUAUAACGUUAGCAGUUUUACCAAAUAAAUUCGU